UAAUGAAUCACCACGGGCUUAAUUAGGAUGUGUUUUGAUUUCAUUAGUCACGGGUCUUAUAUUAGGAUGUUGAUUAAAUAUAAUAAAAUAUGUAGUUAGUGGUGGACAUGUGCAUUUCUAAGGGAUUAACAAAUGACCAAAAUACCAGUAUUCAAUUUUAGUUAAAACGUAGUGGUUUUUUCUGUAAUAUAUCACAUGAAAUUAAAGUUAGUUUCAAUAUGUGCUUCUCUUUUUCUUUUAAUAGAGAAGAUGUUCGAAAUGCAUCAUACAUGUAGAAUUAUGAGUUACAUUUGUACUUAAUCCAUAAUUGUGAUUGUAUACAUGCUCAAUGUACACAUUUAAUAUAUUGGAACUAUAUAAUUUUAACAUUCAGUUACUAACAUAUCAUUAAACUCGAACAUCUUGAACCAAGUCUCACUUUUAAUAUAUUUUUGUGUUACAUCAUUUGAAAGAUACUUUGGAUCACUAGUCUCUUUUUAAAUCAUUUUCAGAUCUCAUUUCUGGAUCACUUAUAUUAGUUUAAAUCAACUUGAAAUCAAUAAAACAAAGCAACUUUCUAACAGUUAAAAUCAAUAAAACAAAGCACAUAUGCAAUAGUACAAAGUUUUAGCACCUUGCCAUAAACAAAAACAACACAAGAAGCAAAUAAUAUUCUUUUAACACAGCACCUCUAAAGUAAAAAACCCAAUGUUGAUCGCCGGAGAUGAGCUCGGAAAUACUCUUCCUCCGGGAAAUCUAGCCGUCAGAUCCACCUCUGGAGGAUGGAAAUCGGCAAGGCUCAUCAUCUUCGUAGAAAUGGCCGAGCAGUUCGCCUCUUACGGGAUAUCGUCCAACCUCAUAACGUACCUGACAGGACCACUGGGAGAGUCAACGGCCGCAGCUGCAGCAAAUAUCAACGCCUGGAGUGGAACGGAAGCGUUUCUUCCACUUCUCUGGAGCUUUGUCGCUGACUCGUUUCUUGGUCGUUUCCGUACCAUCAUAAUCUCAUCUUCUCUAUACAUCUUGGGACUUGGGUUACUGUCUUUUUCAGCCAUGAUUCCUUCUCACUCCAAAGAUUCGAAUCAACUCCAAGUGACUCUCUUUUUCAUCUCUCUGUAUCUUAUAGCCAUAGGACAAGGAGGUUUCAGCCCUUGUAUUAAGGUAUUUGGAGCUGAUCAAUUUGAUGGAAAUGACCUAAAAGAGUUGAAAGCAAAGAGUUCUUUUUUCAACUGGUUGAUGUUUGGAAGCUGUGUUAGCAUAUUGACAACUCGCUUGAUCUCUAACUACAUCCAAGAGAAUCUAAGCUGGUCCUUAGGAUUUGGUAUUCCAAGUGCUUCCAUGCUACUUGCUCUGCUGCUCUUCCUCCUUGGAACUAAGACUUACCGUUUCACAACUGAGAGAGGAGGAAACAAAAACCCUUUUGCUAGAAUUAUUCGUGUUUUUAUAGAAACCGUAAAGAACAGAAGACAACCAGAUUUACACAUAGCUAACCCGAACGAGACCCUACUUCUUGUGGCUCACCAGAGUUCCAAACAAUUUAGGUUCCUUGACAGAGCGGCGGCUUCAUGUGAUUUGUCUGAAAUUGAAGACGCAAAAGCUGUGCUAAAGCUUGUUCCCAUAUGGAUAAAUUGCUUGGUUUACUCCACUGUAUGUUCACAGAUCCCUACUUUCUUCACAAAGCAAGGAUCAACCAUGAACAGAUAUAUCUCACCAGGAAUUUUAGUUCCCGCAGCUACGCUCCAAUGCGUCUUAAGCCUAGCAAUGGUUGUUUUCAUCCCAAUCUACGACCGUCUACUAGUCCCGAUCGCAAGAUCAUUUACUCAAAACCCUUUAGGAAUCACAACGCUUCAGAGGAUUGGCGCUGGCAUGUUUCUCUCCAAUAUUGCCAUGGUGGUUGCCGCUUUUGUCGAGACCAAAAGGCUCCAAACCGCUCAAGAUGAUAUCACAACAAUGAUGAGCGUGUGGUGGUUGGUUCCACAAUAUGCUAUCUACGGUGUCUCGUAUGCGUUCUUAACGAUUGGCUUACAGGAGUUUUUCUACGACCAAGUCCCUAGUGAGCUUAGGAGCGUCGGUAUGGCUCUGAAUCUAAGCAUAUUCGGGGUCGGCAACUUCCUAAGCAGCUUCAUGAUAUCAGUCAUCGACAAAGUCACAAGCCAGCUUUGUCAAACGAGCUGGUUCGAUAACGACCUUAACAAGGCUCAUUUAGAUUACUUCUACUGGCUACUUGCUUGUGUUAGUUCCAUUGGUUUAGCCUCUUACUUGUGGUUCGCCAAGUCGUAUGUGUACAAUAGACCAAACACAUUCUAAAAACACUGGUUUGUCUUCUUGACUAUGUGGGAUUUUUGCAUUUUUAUAUCCGCUUCAUGACCAA